UAGAUCAGAGAGAGAGAGAGAGAGAGAGAGAGAGAUGGCAGCGGAGCAAACAUCGAAACCGUCUGAAGCAUAUCCGAUGAAAGGUGGAGAUAGUGACGAUAGCUACUCCAACAACUCCUCCUACCAGAGAGGAGUUAUCGACACUGCAAAAGAGCUAAUAACUGAAUCAGUUGCUGAAAAGCUUGACGCCACCAACUUUCUUUCGUCAACCACCUUUCGAAUUGCAGAUUUAGGUUGCUCUACUGGGCCUAAUACAUUUUUCGCAGUGCAAAACAUAAUUGAAGCAGUGCGGUUGAAGUACGAAUGCCAAGGACUCCAUUCUCAGCUCCCUGAAUUUCAAGUCUUCUUCAACGAUCACGUCUCUAACGAUUUCAACACACUCUUCGCAUCCCUCCCACCGGACAGACAAUAUUAUGCGGGGGCCGUGGCGGGUUCUUUCUACAGCCGCUUGUUUCCCAAUGCAUCUUUGCACUUUGUUCAUGCUUCUUAUGCCAACCAUUGGCUUUCGGGAGUCCCAAAAUCGAUUAUUGACAAAACCUCUCCUGCUUGGAAUAAAGGGAGAAUCUACUGCGCCAAUUCGAAAGAUGAAGUUGUUAAGGCCUAUGAAACUCAAUUUGCUGAGGACAUGGAGUGCUUUCUGCAGGCCAGGGCUCAAGAGUUGGUGACCGGUGGAUUGAUCGCACUUGUCUUCUGCGGCCGCCGCAAUGGAACCCUCCAUUCUCAAACUGCACAAAAUAUGUCGUAUAGCCUCUUCGAGUCAUGCCUCGCGGACAUGGUCAGGACGGGUAAAGUUGGAGAGGAAGAAGCAGACUCCUUUAAUAUGCCAGUAUAUCACAUGUCUCCGAAAGAAGUGGAAGCUGCAGUGGAUGGAAACGGGUGUUUUAGCAUAGAGAGAAUGGAGGAGUUGCCUCCCGUCGUAGUGGGAGAACUUGGCAGCCUUCCCAAAUCCCAAAUAAUGACAUCUGGCUUGCGAGCCGCAACGGAAGGACAGAUCAAGGCACAUUUUGGAGAUGCGAUUUCAAACGACUUCUUUGACUCUGUCAGAAAGAAACUUGACCAUCAAGUCUCCUUUACUGAGUUCAGCAAUCCCGCUAAUUUCUUUGCUCUUCUUAAACGCAAAGCAAGGGAUUAAUUAGCUUCUUAGUUUGUCAUUAAUAAUGAAGUUAUUGUGAAACUUAAGGACAUCUUCUUUUGAGGCGCUCUCUUGAUAUGGUUGUAAGAAAAGAUCGAUGCAGCUUGUUGAUCAUAAUUUUUAGCGUAGAAAUAUGUUGUCACCAAACUAAGGAAACUGAAUAGCUAUUCCGACUAGUUAUUUCGGAAAUAGCGCACAACUAUUAGUAUAACUAGUUAUUUUGGUUUUA